AUGGGCAGCAUGGACCUGGCACACGGCGACACGAGGCCUGUGACCAGCUCCACUCCCGCCAAGAAUUUCCUCCCCCCGAAGCUCGAACCGAGCCCAACCUCCUCUCACAUCAUUACCCACCCCGCGACCAAACAAGCUACCCCCGCGUGGUCCAGGUCGCAGACUGCGGGCCUCAUACACAGCAAACACCCAAGCGAUCCUUGCAAUACCGUCAAAACGGCUUCGAACGGCGACGACGCCCCGCGCGCCGAUGGCGCUGCGGCACCGGCGAACCAGGCGCCGCCCCUCUCUCCCACCUCUCCUGGCCCGACGACACCCAAGGGGCCCAUCUCCCGCUUCCAGAAACCCAUAAUGCAGUCCAUGUCCAGUCUGCCAGACACUCGCCAGCAGUCGUUUGACGAGAUCUACGGCCCGCCCGAGAACUUCCUCGAGAUCGAGGUCCGCAACCCCCGAACACACGGCAUCGGCCGCUCCAUGUACACCGACUACGAGAUCGUCUGCCGGACCAACAUCCCCGCCUUCAAGCUGCGGCAGAGCACUGUGCGCCGCAGGUACUCCGACUUCGAGUACUUCCGGGACAUCCUGGAGCGGGAGAGCGCGCGUGUCACGAUACCACCCCUGCCCGGAAAGGUGUUCACGAACCGGUUCAGCGACGACGUGAUCGAGGGCAGGAGGGCGGGGCUGGAGAAGUUCCUCAAGAUCGUCGUGGGCCACCCGCUGCUGCAGACCGGAAGCAAGGUCCUAGCGGCUUUUGUACAAGAUCCAAACUGGGAUCGCAACGCGUGGCCCAGAAAACUGCGGAAACGACCUCCCAGGGGCUGGGCCGAGCACCAGGCCCUCUUCAAGCUUGCGGACGAUGAUGAGAAUCAAGACACCAUAGGAAACAUGGCCAGGGGCUUACGGUGA